AGCUGCACUGACUCUGGGACUGAGCUCUCUCUGUUGAGAUCUCUCCAAGCACGCCGACGCACAGCGAGGCGCUGGGGCUCCUUCCCCAACGUCUGAGAAUGUAGCAGGAUCCAAACUGCCUCCCGGAGAGACGCUCCGACAGGUCCUGCUCACCAUGCUGAUUCGCACCUGCUUCUUUUUUGCCUGCCUGCCCGUGGCGAGCCACGUCUGGGGACGAGGGGGACAAGGGUCGUCAGGCCGGCUGAAACUCACAGUCCUUUCAGAAGACAGGCUCCAGAUGAAAUGGAAAGAAACCGAAGGAAGCAUCAAUGGCUACAAAGUGCGGGUAAAGCCCAUGGCAGGGGACUCAGAGCAAGAAGUCAUGCUGAAAACAAAGACUCCCAAAGCCACGGUGGGGGGGCUGAGCCCUACCAAGGAAUACACGCUGCAGGUCUACGUGCUCAAUGGCUCCCAGGAAGCCUUAUUUGCCAAGAGGAAAUUUGUGAUAGAGGACCUUAAAAAUGCAUCCCAGACUAGAAAUAACCGAAGGAACUCAGGAGCUGCACCAGGAAAGAACCUCACCUCUGUGGGCAGCUCAACAGUGGAGCAGAGCCUGGGGAUGGAGACUGCUCCACCACCCUUGAGCACCGUCCUGACACAUCCAGCAAAGGACAGAGCUGAAAAGAAAAGGCACAAAGGGACUCAGCCCAAGGGCUCAGGAGAAACCAUGAGGAGCCAGCCCAGUGUUGGUGUGACACAAACACCACCACCAACCACAAAGUCAUCCCAGCGUGCCACUGCAAACACAGAGCGAGAGCCUCCAGGAAAAGAAAAACCCACGAGGGAUUCACUGAGGAGAGGUUCCCAGUUUCAGUGUGACACGUCUGCAAUGACCGAUAUUGUCCUGCUUGUGGAUGGAUCAUGGAGCAUUGGGCGCAGCAAUUUCAAGCUCAUUAAAGAGUUCCUGAGUGCUUUGAUUUCCCCAUUCAAUAUUGCCCAAGACAAGAUAAGAGUAGGGCUGUCCCAGUACAGCAGUGAUCCCCGCACAGAGUGGGAUCUGAGUGCUUAUGCUACGAGGGACCAGGUGCUGGAGGCAGUGAGGAACCUGCGGUACAAGGGUGGCAACACCUUCACAGGCCUGGCACUGACCCAUGUCCUGGAACAAAACCUGAAACCAGAUGCUGGUGCCCGGCUGGAAGCUGAGAAAUUGGUAAUCCUCCUGACUGAUGGAAAAUCCCAGGACGAUGCCAACCUGGCUGCUCAGACCUUGAAAAACAUGGGCAUAGAGAUAUUUGCUAUUGGGGUGAAGAACGCGGAUGAGGCUGAGCUGAAGCAGGUGGCCUCAGAGCCACUGGAGCUGACGGUGUACAACGUGCUGGACUUCCCCCUGCUCAGCUCCCUGGUUGGCAGGCUCACCCGGGUCCUCUGCACCAGGAUCAAAGAGAGGAGCAGCAAGGAGAGUGCAGGUAGAGCUGUGAAAGAUAUCCCUACAAAUACAGGUCCAGAGCUGAGCCCGACAGACCUUAAAAUAUCAGCUGUCACUUCUAAAAGCAUGCACUUGGCCUGGAGUCCUCCUCUGAGUCCACCAAAGAAGUACCGGGUUGUGUACUAUCCAUCAAAGGGCGGCACUCCCAAGGAGGUGCUUCUGGAUGGAGCCAUCUCCUCUCUGAGGCUUUCCAACCUGACCUCACACACGGAGUACCUGGUGUCAGUGUUUCCUGUUUAUGACACAGCCGUUGGGGAUGGGCUGAGAGGCGUCACCUCCACAUUGCCUCUGUCUGCCCCCCGCUCCCUGCGUGUCUCCGAGCUGAGCCACAACAGCAUCAGGCUGAGCUGGAAGGCAGCCCAGGGAGCCACGCAGUACCUGGUGCUCUGCUCUGCAGCCCCCGACGGAGCAGAGGACUAUACGACAGAGAUUAAGGUGGCUGAGCCCGAGGUCCUGCUGGACGGGCUGUCACCCAGCACUGAGUACUCCAUUGCAGUGUAUGCGUUGUAUGGGGAAGAUGCCAGUGAUCCAGCCAGCAUCCAGGAAACCACCUUGGCCUUGAGCCCUCCCAGGUACCUGAGCUUCUCAGAGCUCAGCCACUCAUCCGUGCGGGUCAGCUGGGAGCCAGCAUCACCGGCAGUGAAAGGUCAUCGCGUCACCUACAUGUCUAGCAGAGGGAGCAACACCGGGGAGGUUGAGGUUCCCGGCACUGCAAUGUCCACUGUCCUGAGACCAUUGUCCUCCCUCACCCAAUACUUCAUCAGUGUUCGAUCUAUGUAUGAUGAGGGUGACUCCUUUCCAAUCACUGGCAAUGUCACCACCUUGAAGGUCCCCCCGCCGCGGGCGCUGAAGGUUUCCGAGCUCUCUGAGAACAGCCUCCGGCUGCACUGGGAAGCUGUCGCUGCCUCUGAUGUGGUUGUCUAUCAGAUCAAGUGGAGCACAGCUGGUGGAGAGAAGCCUCAGGAGCUCUCCAUCGCUGGAAAUGCGGCAACUGCAGUCCUGCCAGGCUUGCAGAAGAACACAGACUACAAAAUAUCCAUCUGGGCCUACUACAAAGAUGGUGCUCGAAGUGACACAGUUUCCAUUCAGCACAGAACCACUUCUCGGAGCCCACCCACCAACCUCUUCAUAGACUCUGAGAGCCCCACCAGCCUCCAGAUCCAUUGGAAGCCCCCCGAGGGCCGCAUACAGCACUACAGAAUCACCUACAGUCCUGUUUCUGACCCCAGCACCCAGCAAACAAUCAUGGCUUCUGGGAAAAGCAGCAGUGUGACCUUGCAGCCACUGCUGCCCGAUCGAGCCUACAAGGUGACGGUUUCUGCCGUCCACUACACAGGAGAGAGUGAGAGCACAACUGCAACGGGUCGGACGGCUCCUGUGAUGUCUAAACUGCCUUCAAUACGAGGAUUUGUUCCGUCUAAGACAGAAGCCUGUCCCCCCAUCAGCUCUUCUGCAGGAUCCGUACGAGGAUUUGAUAUGAUGGAAGCGUUUGGCUUAGUAGAGAAGGAAUACGCCUCCAUUAAAGGAGUGGCUAUGGAGCCAUUCAUAUUCAGUGGCUCCCGCACCUUCACCCUGUUCAGAGACAUUCAGCUCACCCUGAGGACCAGCGAUGUCCACCUCUUUGCCAUCCCACCCGAGCACACCAUCAGCAUCCUCCUGCGCCUCCUACCUGACACCCCCAAGGAGCCCUUCGCUGUGUGGCAAAUAACCGACGAGGACUUCCAGCCCCUCCUUGGUGUUAACCUUGACCCCAGUAAGAAAACCUUGACCUAUUUCAAUCAUGACUACAAGGCUGAUUUGCAGGAAGUCUCCUUUGACCAGCAGGAAGUGAAGAAGAUAUUCUAUGGGAGCUUUCAUAAGGUGCACCUUGCAGUGAGCCUUUUCAAGAUCAAGCUCUAUCUGGACUGUAAAAAAAUAGCAGAGAGACCCAUCAACACUGUUGGCAGCAUCUCCACCGCUGGCUUCAUCAUGCUGGGAAAAGUGACGCGGACCAGAGGGCCCAGGAGUGGAUCAGCAUCGUUCCAGCUGCAGUCAUUGCAGGUUGUGUGCAACAGCUUAGGGGCGGAGGAGGACCGAUGCUGUGAUCUUCCUGCAUUGAGGGAUGAGGAGAGCUGCCCCACCAUAGCUCCUGCCUGCUCCUGCACUUCUGGCCGCCCGGGCUUGCCAGGUCCUCCAGGUCCCCCUGGCAGCCCUGGGAGGAGAGGACCACAAGGCGAGCAGGGGGAGCCGGGCCCCAAGGGUGAACCAGGCCCACCUGGAAAAGUGGGACCAGCAGGUCCUAGUGGCCAGCAAGGCUCCCCAGGUUCCCAAGGAAUCACAAUUCAGGGCCCUGUGGGACCACCAGGUAUUAAAGGAGAGAAAGGAGACACUGGAAGUCCUGGCAUGCAGGGCAUUCCUGGUGUGCAGGGAGCUCCAGGCAGAGAUGGUCUUCAAGGUGCAAAGGGGGUGAGGGGACUGGAAGGCACAGCUGGGCCCCCAGGACCUCCUGGACCAAGGGGUUUCCAAGGAGUGACAGGCUCCCGGGGCAGCAGUGGAGAGAAGGGACCUCCAGGUGAUGUUGGGCCAACAGGACUACCAGGUCCAAAAGGAGAAAGAGGAGAGAAAGGGGAACCACAGUCCUUGGCCACAAUUUACCAGCUCGUUAGCCAGGCUUGUGAGAGGAUGAUCCAGAGUCAUGUGUUGAAAUUUGACUCAUUCAUUCAUGAACAUGCAAGGAAGCCGGUUCCUGUUUGGGAAGGAAGACUGAAGCCAGGAGAGCCAGGGUCACCAGGUCCUCCAGGUCCUCCAGGGAGCAAUGGAGAAAAAGGAGAAAAUGGCCUCCCUGGUCAGACAGGAAAAGAUGGGUAUCCUGGAGAAAGAGGUGCCCCAGGACCCAAAGGAGAAAAAGGCAUGGCUGGAGCCAAUGAGGAAGGGAUCCAAGGACCCAGAGGAAGAACAGGCCCACCAGGAGAAGUUGUGCUGGGGAAACCAGGCCCAAAGGGCUACCCUGGGAACACCGGUCCUCAAGGUUUUCCUGGUGUCAGAGGACAGCCUGGGCAGCCCGGAUACUCAGGGGGCUGUGAUGUCUCUGGAUGCUAUGGGCCAGGUAGAAGAGAUUUCAUUCCCUGAUGGCCGAUGUGGAGGCAGCUGAGGACAGUUCUCUGCCCUGGAAAUCUCUGGGUAAAAGCUCCAAGAGAAGCAGCAACCCGAACAUCCAAUGUGUUUGUGCUUUUCUUAUUUCCCACCAUUUCUAUAUGGACAUAUCAAUCAAACGAAGCCAAUAUCAAAGCCACCAAAACAGCCUGAUGAGUCUCAGCCAUCCACUGUUUUUCAGUGCCGGACACCUGCAGUAUUCAAAUUCACAUUGUGUGUCCUACAGCAAGGCACACAGCCAGAGCUCCAGGCUGACAGACUCGUAAGAAAAAGAAAUAAUGCAUGGAAAUGCUCCGAAAUAACAGAUUUUUUGCCCAUU